AUGAGCCUCCGUCUGCCUCUUCGGGGAGACAAAUUCGCCCCCAUCAUCAGUGCCUACGCUCCGCCGAUGACCAGCCUCGACGCCGCAAGGGACACAUUCUACGAAGACCUGCAUACACUCCUGGCGCCUGUGUGUAAGGCGGACAAGUUGACUGUCCUUGGCGACUUCAACGCCCAUGUCCGCACAGACCAUGCUACCUGUAGAGGAGCGCUAGACCCCCAUGGUCUUCACGGCUCAAACGACAAUGGCCUACUCCUUCUCCGCACCUGCGCAGAACACCGCCUCAUUCUGACGAACACGUUCUUCUGUCUGCCGGAGUGAGAGAAGGCCACCUGGAGGCAUCCUCGGUCGUGUUAGUGGCACCUGCUGUACUAUAUCCUCGUCCGGAGGCGAGAUCAGCGGGACAUGCUGGUGACAAAGGCGACCGCGGGCGCUGAUGGGUGAACCGACCAUCGCCUCGUCAUCUCGAAGAUGCGUAUUCGCCUACAGCCUCGCAGGAGACCACAAGGUAAGCGACCCCCAGGUAAGCUGAAUAUUGCAUUGCUGUCAUUGCUCACUCACCAUCUUCAUUUCAGCAAUGAGCUAGCUCAACGGCUGGACAACCUUCCCAUCGCUGCCGCUGCCGCUGACGCCGCCACUGACGAGAACGCCUCCGUGGAGAACCGCUGGUGUCAACUGCGAGACACGGUCCAGUCAACGGCGCUGGCCGUCCUCAGUCGCGCACGCCGCCAACACCAGGACUGGUUCGACGACAACGACGCCGUCCUCUCCGCGAUCAAAGCUGUCUACGGUACGCCGACCAAAGGCACUGUCCCUUUCUUCAGCGACGAUGACAGUACCCUCCUGACCGAGAAAACACAAAUUCUACAGCGCUGGGCCGAGCAUUUCCGAGGCGUCCUCAACCGCCCUUCCAUCCUCUCUGACGCCGCCAUCGCCCGAUUGCUGCAAGUGGAGACCAACGUGGACCUCGACCUCCCGCCAUCUCUCCAGGAAACCAUCAAGGCAGCGCAGCAGCUCUCCAGCGGGCAAGCACCCGGAUCGGACGCGAUUCCUGCUGAAGUCUACAACACGGCGCCCCCCAACUCAUAG